CUCAUUUAACACCACCUACCACAUCGACGCUAGCACCCGCGGCGGCACGCAGUCGGACACCAACCCCCCCGAAUCUCACCUACACAGAGGUGAACGCCGAGCCUUUCUCCCCUUGCAUCCUCCGCCGCAGGCCGACGCCGGCGAGAGAGAGAGCAUAGCGCAUAGAGCACCGAUCGGUUGAUCAACACUUGUUGCGCAUCGCACCUUCCCCCGCGUUGCAGCCGCCACCAUGUCGGGGAACAAUAUCAAGGUCGUGUGUCGGUUCCGACCCAUGAACCGGAUGGAGAUUGAGAACCGGUCCGAGAAGUGCAUCGACAUCACCGAGGACGACCUGACUGUGCUGCUUAAGAACGGGCAGUCGCUGGCUGGACCCGAGAAGGACGGCUUCUCGUUUGACCGCGUGUUCGACACCAACACCAAGCAGGAGCAGAUCUUCGACUAUGGUGUCAAGGGCAUCGUGGAGGACGUCAUGACCGGUUUCAACGGUACCCUGUUCUGUUAUGGUCAGACGGUGAGUAGCGGCGCGGAUAUCGAGAAUGAGGAGCUCAAGGGUUUGAUCCCCCGUAUCACGGAGCAGAUCUUCGCCUCCAUCUUGUCCGCAGACAGCAACAUUGAAUACACGGUCAAGGUCAGCUACAUGGAGAUCUACAUGGAGCGUAUCAAGGACUUGCUUGCGCCCCACAAUGACAACCUCUCGAUUCAUGAGGACAAGACCCGCGGCGUCUACGUCAAGGGCUUGACAGACGUGUACGUCGGCUCCGAGGCCGAGGUGUUCAAGGUCAUGAAGGCCGGUGGCUCAAGCCGUGCCGUCUCGUCCACAAAUAUGAACGCCGAGUCGUCGCGCUCCCACUCCAUCUUCGUCAUCGGUAUCCACCAACGCAACACGGACACGGGCAGUCAAAAGUCAGGUAACCUGUAUCUCGUCGAUUUGGCCGGUUCAGAAAAGGUCGGCAAGACGGGCGCGUCGGGCCAGACCCUUGAGGAGGCCAAGAAGAUCAACAAGAGUCUGUCAGCGCUCGGCAUGGUCAUCAACUCGCUCACCGAUGGGAAGUCCACUCACAUCCCCUACCGUGACUCCAAGCUCACGCGUAUCUUGCAAGAGUCGCUCGGUGGUAACUCGCGGACUACGCUUAUUAUCAACUGUUCGCCAGCCACGUUCAACGAGGCUGAGACCCUCUCCACCCUCCGUUUCGGUAUGCGUGCCAAGUCGAUCAAGAACAAGGCACGCGUCAACGUCGAGCUGUCACCCGCCGAGCUCAAGGCCAUGCUCAAGAAGACCGUCGCCGAGCUGGCGGCCGUGCGCGAGCACGCCGCCAGCCUCGAGGAGGAGGUCAAGAUCUGGCGUGCCGGCGGCAAGGUCGACCAGGCCAACUGGACCAUCCCUCUGGCCGCUGCACAGGCCGCCGCGGCCCCGCGCAAGCUGGCCACUGGCAGCCCUACGCCUACCCAGACUUCUGUUGGCGAGAGCCGGCCCGAAACACCCACCGCCUUUGGUGUCGGCUUGGAAAAGGACGAGAAGGAGGAGUUCCUGCGGCGUGAAAACGAGCUCAGUGACCAGCUCGCCGAGCGGGAGAGCGCCCUCGCCGCGCAGGAGAAGCUCAUGGUCGACCUGAAGGACGAGAUCGCCUACCUCAAGGAGCAGGAGGCGUCUACCAUUAAGGAGAACAAGGCCAUGUCGACCGAGCUGUCCGAGCUUCGUAUCGCCUCCGCCCGCCUCGAGUCCGAAUCCAAGGACGCGUCCAUCACCCUCGACACAUACAAGGACAGAGUGGCAGAGCUCCAGCGUGACAUUGACGAGCAGAAGGCCCACAUCGAGGAGCUCAAGAAGGUCCAGUCGCGCGAAAAGGAGGAGGAGAAGGAGAAGCGCAAGCAGGAGAUGCUCAACGAGAUGCUGUCCAAGAUCGACAUGGGCGGUGCUCACCUCGACCCUGCUGGCGAAAAGCUCCGCGAACUCCUCAAGGACUUUGACAAGCUCAAGGACGCUGGCAAGGAGGCCGAGAUCAGCGGCCAGACCCGCGAGCUUAUCCGCUCGCACCUCGCCGAGAACCAGGAGCUCAUCCGCGAUCUGCAGGAGCGCAUCCGCGUGGGCCAGGAGGAGGCAGAGCUGCAGAGCAAGCGCCGCCAGGAGGUCGAGAAGCUGCUCGGCAAGCGCGACGACGCGUACGAGGAGCUGCUUGAGAAGACGACGUCGUCGCAGUCCGUCGCGGUCGCCGACAUCAAGUCGCAGUUCGAGGCCAAGUUUGCCGCGCAGGAGGAGCUUCUCCGCGGCGAGAUUGCCGGCCUCACCGAGCGCGCCGAGAGCCGCGCGGCCGAGAUCCGCCGCCUCCAGAGCACGAUCGAGUCAUACAAGCUCUCCAACGAGGAGCUCAACCGCGCCCUCACGUCUGCGUCGGCCGGCAUCGAGGACGGCGAGACGUUUGCCAACGCUACCCGCGAGCUCGAGCGCAGCCGCAAGCAGCACGAGAUUCAGUACGCCGAGUUUGAGAUCAUCAAGAAGAGCUUGAUGAAGGAUCUCCAGAACCGCUGCGAGAAGGUCGUCGAACUCGAGAUGCAGCUCGACGAGGUGCGCGAGCAGUACAAGGUUAUUGCCCGUUCGGCCAACUCGCGCGCCCAGCAGCGCAAGCUCGAGUUCCUCGAGCACAACCUCGACGCGCUCAACGUUGUCCAGAAGCAGCUCGUCGAGCAGAACACGUCGCUCAAGAAGGAGGUCGGAAUCGCCGAGCGCAAGCUCAUCACGCGUAACGAGCGUAUCCAGAACCUCGAGACGCUGCUCAACGAGGCCGAUGCCCGGCUGCAGCAGAAGAACCAGCGCUACGAGACGCAGAUCCAGGCCAUCCGCGAGCGCCUCGCCGAGGUCCAGGCUCAGCAACAACAAUCGUACAACCACGCGCGCAUCGCCAAGCCAUUGCGCGGUGGUGGUGGUGGCGCGCAGGCUGCGCAGCCCGUGUUCUCGAGUGCCAACCCCUUGACAAGAAUCCAGGACGAGAGUGCGGCGAGUGCCAAGCGACAGUCGUGGUUCUUCUCGCCGUCUCACUCGCCGCGCUAGACGAUCACGCAUGGUGGGCCGAAGAGACGGUCAUGAGGGAUGACGGUACAGUGGGCUACCGGAAUUGCCGACCGCGCCCCACCGUCACCUGCACGGACAAGUUGUCGUCAGGAUUUCUGAGACCCAUUGACGUAGAUGACACGACUUGUUUUCACGAUACACUUCCUAUAGACGCAUGCAGGUUAGGGAGGUUGAUAGGG